GCCGAAAUGGACUGAAGACCCUUGUGAGACGGUUGCACUCUAUCACAGAUGCGCAAGUGGCCCAAGCAGCAUCCCUCCUUGUUCGUGCAUACGAAGGAUGUAGGUCCCUCCAAAAUAUUUCCUGUCAGUCUUUUUCUGAUCAGUUAUUUUGUAGACCCCUCACAAAAAGCACUACUUGGCGGCAACUGGAACUUACAUGCCGAUUAUUUUACGGCCAUGAUACGAGCAAUUGCCCUCGAAGGCGAAAUAUUCGUCGUCCAGCCACAAGGCUCUGACGAGAUUCUGUCCAUAAGUUUGUGGACAGAACCUGAUCAUGAUAUGUUCAGCACCCAUGAGCAACGUGCUCUUGGAUUCGACCACUUCUUCCAUCGGUUAUCACCCAUGGCGCAGAUGUGGUGGCACGGACAGUGUAAUACAACUACUGUUGAACUCAUGGCGCGAUCGUUCACGGAAGAAGAACGACAGCGUUGUUUUUGGUGCUGCGAGCUCGCCACAGACCCAAAAUAUCAGCGUCGUGGAUUUGCCUCAGCUAUGAUCUCGCAUGUGCGUAAUUCCCGUACACAAGAUCAGAUCAUUGGCCUUUCUACUCCAGCCGAAGUCAACGUCAUAAAGUACCAAAAAAUGGGCUUUUGUGAGAGAGGCAGGGCCAUAAUGAAGGCCGCGACUGGUCCAUUCCCGGUCAUCGUAAUGUCUCUGGACUGUUGAAGCGAAUGGUUUAUGGAGUACUUGCUUCGGCACGAGUUCUCAUCCUUAGUCCUGUACGUUUGUUGUGCGCGCAUGAGUUCGUGAGUUAUAUUAUCAUAGGUAGUCCGUAAGUACGUUGUAUAGUCGUGUAUUUCGUCAGUCGUAAUCGUAUCCCUAGCCUUUAUUGUCAGUAUUCGUCGCGCUCGUCAAAGAUACCCAGAUCGAGGACUGGAGGUUGAAGUUCCUUCAACAACCAUUUCCAUUCUUUCUCCACGUCCGUUUGCUCCACCCUUUUCUCCGAUCCUAGUUGUUCAUGAAGACUCUUCAUCUCAUCCCUACGAGCCUCAAUCUUCGUCUUGAGUUGUCGGAGUUCGUUCUUGCGUUGGUCGUACUUGUACUCAACUUGGCGUGCUCUACGGUCUCCGCUUUUAACGCAAUACUUGUACGCAUCAUGAAGCGAUGGUGAUUCGCCACGGAUAUGAUUGAACUGGUCCCGUAAGCGGACUUCGACGCGGGUAUGGUGCGCUAACUGGAGCUUGAGGAAGAGCUUCUUCGCGACAUUGCCAUAUGCCGGAAGCUCAUCAUUGAGAGCGGCGGCGGCGCGCUUAUAUUCUCGAAGUCUGUUGGCAGCGUGCGAGUAUUCCUUGAGUAGCGAAUGGUCCGGAACCACUUCGUUCAGAAACUGGGUGAAGAGCUGGAUAGAGUGAUCGAGCAGGCUCCAGAGACUGUCCUCCUUGUGCGACCAUUGACGGUCGACCCUCCUCGUGCCGUGCUUAGGUGAUUCCAUUUCCGGCAAGUGGCGUUUUGGGUCCUCAGCCCAGUCAAGGAUAUCACUAAUAACGCUCGUGAACCCAUCGAUGUUAUGCUGCAAAUCGGAAAGAAGAAGUCUAGUUUGUGGGUGACUGUCGCCUUGGAGUGCGUCCACGAGGUUAGUCAACACUCCGAUCGCAAGAGUUUUCGCCGGACUCAAA